AUGGAACCUGCAAGUGCCAGCACAUCUCGCCCUGCCUCAGCAGCACCCACUCCUUCGAACGGCAGGCCUGCGGUUCCGGGAGCAGCAGACAGACCACAAGAGAGGACAUUAAGUGUCAAGCCGAUACGUCCACGCCAGACGUACAAGGAGAAAUACUUUGCUAUGCAGGAGAAGCACACACAAGUGAGCGAGACGCGUGAAGCAUACCGUAAGGAGCUCGCACUCGCGGAGGACAAAGUCAAGAAGUUGCAGGACGAAUGCAACCUACUGCUGGACGCCGUUGAUAUCGCAGCACCAGCACAACCGUCCCUCCUACACUACCUCGCGCGAGACCCGAUACCCCCACAAUAUCACUCAUACUCAGUCCCCUUCCCCGCUGCUGCCGAGUCUGCCCCCGCACCCGUACCACAAGCUUCACCAGGUGUACCUGCGCCUGCGCCUUCACAUCCGCAUGGCCAAUCGCACGGCCACCACAAACAUCGAUCACGUUCCAGCAGAAAGUCAGCGACGCAGAACGGGAAUGGUGUUAGCACAAGACGAUAG